AUGGAAGGAGUCCGAAUGGCUUCAGCCGCUGGCGAAGCUGGCGCGCCCUGCAUGAUACGGCUUAAUGUGCGGCACGACGUCCCAGCUAUUCGGUUCGAAGAGCGUCCGCUGUGCGACGGUUGGCUCCGCUCCGUCGGCUUCCUCGUGCCUGGCCGGGACGGAGACGAGUGGGACGCUAUCAAGAAGAACUGGCUCGGCUUCCUUACCGCCACCCGACCGCCGGAGCGGGGCACAGGGCAGACAGCAGAGCGGCGAGGCCGUCGGGCGAUCCAGGUCGCGUUCUGGAACGGCGCCGAUGGCCUCGAGGCUUUGGCAGAGCGUUGGCCCGCACCCGCACGGCGGAUGCUUACGCAGACGGCAGAAGAGCCGCACGCCCCGCCGUUCGAGUCUCUCGGCCCGAAAUGGCUCCUCGAUAGAAGGAGACGCUUCCAGUCGAUGUGGACGGGCCUUGUGUGCUUCCUUGCCUAUUCCGCCCAGCACGGCACGUUGGAGGCGAUGGGUCUCUCGCUUGACCAGGCCCGCACCAACGACCUCCUCAACCUCAUACAGGAGGUUGCAACAGCAUCCGCCUCUGGGAAUCCCAACCCGCUCUUCGCACCGACCCUAGCCUUCCUGCUCGGCUCGAUCGCGGACAAGGAGGCGACGGCCCGCACUAACGCGAUCCUAUGGUGGACUGCAGUGCUGGUGCGGUCUGCGCUCGCGAGCGACGACGAGGGCGAUGACUUCAUCAGUCGAGGCGCUUUCGCGGCCAACAUCGUACCGAUCGACACCCCGCUACACGACCGAGUCGAGUCGAUGCUGCACUACAGCCGCGUCUUUGUACUGCACCAGGCGUCCAACCUCUUGCCAGGGCUGCCGGGCUUCGCAAAUGAGAUCCAAGGCGAUCUCAACGCAGUGGACAUCGCAUGGCUUAACAACGACAGUGGCCCGCGCCCCACCGACUGUUGCGACGGACGAACGUGCACUUCCGUAGCGUGGAGGGCCAUGCUCGCGCACCUACGCUCAGAGGCUGAUAAUGCGCUUGGCAGCACUGUAGGGACACCGAUGUACGAAGUCGCCCAGCUGCUGGCGCGGCUGCGGGAAGUGCGGAGCAGGACGUAG